AUGAAUGAAGAUCUGACUGAUGGUAGAGCUGACAAUGACAGCUGCACGUCUCCACCCAGUCCAGAUUUUAGUCUGGACUCAUCCAGUCCCUUUGCAAACGGACUCCACUUUGAGUCAAUUUUGUUUGAAGAUGAGGACGAGGAUGAAGUUAUGGACGCCGAGGCGGUGUCUCGAUUGGAAAGGGCCUCGUGCGGUUCAAGGAGAGAGGAUAUAACAAAUUCAAAUUUAGAUCUCAAACCUUGUCCGACUAGAGGCAAAGUUUCAAAGGCUUGCGCAUCCCUGGGCCAAGAAUUUGACUUUGAAGACAAGUCAAAAAGUGAUUGUGGCCUUUUUUCUCUAGUGAGCAGUCCUGCUGGGAUUGUAAUGAAACAGACAAAAAAGCAAAAAGCAAAAGCUGUGCCACCUGUGAAAUAUUUGGAGGGUGAAGUUAUUUGGGCCAAAUUCAACCGCAGACCAUGGUGGCCAUGCCGGGUAACUGUUGACCCACUUGAGAGGGUUUACCACAGAAUUAAAGAGCCAACGGAUAGGAUUACCCGUCAGUAUUUUCUCAAGACAUUUGGAGAACCUGAAGAACAGGCAUGGGUCUCUGAGCGAUCUACUCAUAUAUUUGUUGGCGGAUAUCAGUUUAACAAUCUCCCCUUUGUGAGAGGAAGUGGACGGCAACAAGAUGAAAACAACAGAUACUCUAUACCCAAGCGUUUUCUGAACUCUUGGGGAACUAGUGUGGCUGAAGCAGAAGCACAUCUCUUGGAGAAGCCGAGAUCAAACACUCCCUGCUCAGCAGUCCAAAACAUCUCUGAUGGAACCACAGUAGACAGUGAAAACAAAGUCUCUCUGACAUCUUUAGUGGAAUUCCCCAACAUUAUCCCUGUGACCAAUGGAAGAGUUGCACAAAAAGACCACCUGAACAACUUCCAACAUAAUCAAAGGUCUAAAAACAAUAAAAAGCAAAGAAAGUCAUCAUCCAUACAUUUAAAAAAAGUCAAGGACUUAAAUUGUGAGAAGGAUAAGACUGUUGAAGCUUUAGACAGUCCUUACUCUGAUAUUGAUUCGGUACCUCAGAUUCGCAGAUGCCCCAAAAACAGUGAGCGAACAUCUAAGCAAUGUGUUGUCGAUAAACAGUCAAAAUCAACCACAAGCCAACUUGCUGUAACAAAUGAUACUGAAGUAAAGAAGAAUGUUGAGAACCAGGGUGGCCUUUGGUUCAGCAAAGCAGGAAAAGGUCAAGUCAAUGGAGGACUUAUUCGGACAGGAAUUAAAUCAGUUAAUUGUUCUUUUGGGAAGGUAUCUUGUAAAAUUAAGAUGCCAGAUUCAGCAUGCAUGAAAUCCAAAGAUAAUCACAUCACAGGACUCAAACAUCUCUCUAUCGAAGCCAAUCACAUCACAGGACUCAAACAUCUGUCUGUUGAAGCCAAAAAGGCUCUUGAUAGGAGAGUGAAGUGCCUUCCUGCAAGUAGUCGUCUGAUGACUAGAGCAUUGAAGGCAAUGGAGGAGGCAGAACACAUGAAGAAUCAACUCUCAAACCAGACUCAAGAGUCGACUUCAAAUGUCGAAACAGAGAAUUCCUCUUAUUUUACAUUACCUGAUAAAGAAGGUGUUGACAAUCACACAUCUUCACAUAAGAUGGGAACUACAGCAAGCCAUGAUCAGAAAAAGGACUCAGAGCUUUCCUCAAAUCGUCUAGGUUUUGAAGAUGAUGUAGUAAAAUCUGAGAAUGAAGUAUCUUUGAUGUCUCCAGCACCUGUUGCCUUUCAUUCAUCCAAGUGCAAACAAGAGAGACCUGUUUCUGAUUUGUCAUCUAGUUCUUCUCUAUCUCCUUUGCAGUUAAGCAUAGAAGAUGUUGAGAACUUGAAAGAAAUUACCUUCAAGUCUUUAGCAAACAAACAUAGCGGACAGCCUCUGUCUUUUCUACCUGACGCAAACUACAAGUUUAGCACAUUCUUAAUGCUGCUCAAGGAUAUGCACGAUAGCCCCAAAAACGAUGGAACAUCAUUGGUAAUGGAAACUUUACCUGUAGAAGAACUUAUUAAAGAGGAACCAUCGCAGAUUCCAGCAAAGGAUGAGCUGACCCAAAUAAACACGGUAGUUUCACAAAAAUACCAACUGGGCAAAAUGUCUGGCUUCAAAUACAAACAGAAGAAGGUCAAGCUAAAGUCUGGGCCAACCAAGAUAAUUGACAUUUCACAGAGUGACACAACCAACAGCAGUGUUAUCCCUGAAAAACAGCUAACUGACAAGCUAUCGAAAAAUGCUCCAAGAUCUAGUAAAAAAAUUAAACCUUUGGAAAAUAGAAUGAAACUUUGUAUCAACACAGCACCCUAUGAGGUCUCAGAGCAUGUCCAUUCCAAUGAUCCAUUUGACAAACUGAUACGAGAGCACCAACUGCCCUCAGAGGAACCAGAGACCAUGUUUUCUGUCUAUGUGCCCAAAAAACGUUGGCAGAAGUUUGACCAAGUCAUUGACAUUGUGUUAAAUAAAGAUGAAGGUAAUGGUAAUCAAGAAGCAGAACGACUUCUGGGGUUACCCUCAGAAAAUUGUGAUGACUUGGAGGUUGGCACAAACAAGUCAAGAUCUGUUGCGCCUGUGAAGGAUGUGAAUAUCACUACACCAGCAAUUCCUCCAGGCAACUGUCCAGUAAAUGACAUCCCUACAGAAUGCAAACGUAUUAGAAAACCUAGCAAAAGACUCAUAGAAUGGACAGAGGAAUACGAUCAAUUGUUUUCCACUAAGAAGAGAACAAAAAAGAAACCUGAGUCAUUGUCAAAGGUUGAAAAACACAAUUGCAGUGGCCCAUUGGAGAAAAUAUCUGGUGGAGGUAUACAGGAACCUCAGGUAACAGAACAAGACGUGUCGAGAUCCCUGCCAGAAGUACAGACUCAUCCUCUGGAAAAGAUGUCUUGGAGCGCUCCCUCGAUAAAUUCCACUCCAUGUCAAGAGAGUCAAGUUUUGUCUGUAGACACGCUACCUCCACCUCCUGUAACUGUCCCAUCUUCAUAUAGGGAAAUGUGUCAUAUAGAGCAACUUCAAACCCAAGCAGCUGGCAAUGGUGUGUGUUUAAGCACAAAGAGACAAAGGAAGCCCACCAAAAAGAUUCUAGAAAGUUCCAUUGAAGCUGAACCGAUCCUCAUACCUAAAAGAAAGAUGAAGUCACAGAAGACAUCUGGACAUGCUGCUAAUCCAGGAAUUGGACAACAGUCAUUAAAAUGUAAGAACAGGAUAUCUUCUGAGACCAUCAACACAGCAACUGCCCCAAUCUUAAAAAGCACAGAGAAGGAGACAGAAAUUCCCGCUACAGUUCCUCAGCCAGUGAACCCAGAACCAACUGAGAUUGUUUCAGAUGCUCUGGACUCAGAGAUGUUUGUACCUAGUUCUGCCUUGAGUUCAAAGAAAGAAGACUAUUCACAGUCUGAUGAAGGACUUUUGGCCAAUAGGAGACUUUCAGAGGAGAAAAGAGGCGGCACCUUACUCAAUGUGAAUUUGUGUCAGGUGUGUGAGAAGCAGGGAGAUUUGCUUCUAUGUGAGGGACAGUGUUGUGGGGCAUUUCACCCACAAUGCAUUGGACUGAAAGAGCCUCCCGUAGGGCAAUUUUUAUGUCAGGAAUGCACAUCUGGUAUACACUCAUGCUUUACUUGUAAGAGCCUGAGUCAGGACGUUAGGCGUUGUAUGCUUCCUGAAUGUGGGAAGUUCUACCAUGGAGAGUGUGUUGCCAGCCAUGCACCCACAGUGCCUCUGAACCUGGCCUUUCGUUGUCCUCUCCAUGUCUGUCUGGCGUGUUUCAUUACAAACCCAGCCAAUCCGGCCAUAUCUAAAGGUGAACUAACUCGCUGUAUCAGAUGCCCUGUGGCAUAUCAUGCCAAUGAUGAUUGCAUACCUGCUGGUAGUGUCACACUGACCGACAGCAUCAUAGUGUGUCCCAAUCAUUUUACUUCACGCAAAGGCUGCCGCAACCAUGAGCACGUCAACGUCAGCUGGUGCUUUGUCUGUUCAGAAGGAGGUAGUCUGCUGUGUUGUGAAUCAUGUCCUGCGGCGUUCCACCGAGAGUGUCUUAAUAUUGACAUGCCAGAAGGCAGCUGGUAUUGCAACGACUGUUGUGCUGGAAGGAAACCGCACUACAAGGAGGUAGUGUGGGUGAAAGUGGGCCGCUACAGAUGGUGGCCAGCAGAGGUCAGCCAUCCCAAAAACGUCCCAGAGAAUAUCCUACGCAUGAGACACGAUGUCGGAGAGUUCCCGGUUUUUUUCUUUGGCUCUAAUGACUAUCUGUGGACCUACCAAGCCCGAGUUUUCCCUUACAUGGAAGGUGACGCCAACAGUAAAGAGAAAAUAGGAAAGGGAGUUGACUCUACCUAUAAGAAAGCUUUGGAAGAAGCUGCCAAAAGGUUCAAAGAACUGCAGAUGGAGAAAGAACUAAGACAGCUCCAGGAGGACAGACGAAAUCACAAGAAACCUCCACCUUACAAACAUAUCAAGGUGAACAAACCAAUCGGCAAAGUGCAGAUCAUCUCAGCAGACCUUUCGGAGAUUCCACGCUGUAACUGCAAAGCAACGGAUGAGAACCCUUGCGGUAUGGACUCGGAGUGCAUCAACCGUAUGCUGCUGUAUGAGUGUCACCCACAGGUGUGUCCUGCAGGUGAGCGCUGCCAGAACCAGUGCUUCACAAAACAUCAGAACUGCCAGGUGGAGAUCUUCAGGACGCUGUCUCGAGGCUGGGGUCUGCGCUGUGUGCAUGACAUCAAAAAGGGGGAUUUUGUCAACGAGUAUGUUGGAGAGGUGAUUGAUGAGGAGGAAUGCCGUGCCCGAAUUAAGCAUGCUCAAGAGAACGACAUUGGCAAUUUCUACAUGCUCACGCUGGACAAGGAUCGAAUUAUUGAUGCAGGACCCAAGGGAAACGAAGCACGUUUCAUGAACCACAGUUGCCAGCCGAACUGUGAGACCCAAAAAUGGACGGUCAACGGGGACACACGUGUGGGACUUUUUUCACUUACAGAUAUCCCUGCUUGCACAGAGUUAACGUUCAACUAUAACCUUGAGUGUCUGGGCAAUGGGAAGACGGUGUGCAAAUGUGGUGCAUCUAAUUGCAGUGGAUUCCUGGGAGUGAGGCCCAAAAAUAACCCCCCGUCAGAUGAUAAGGGACGUAAACUAAAGAAAAAGUCUCAGAUGAAGCGCAAAUCCCAGCAGGAAGUUAUCAAGGAGCGUGAGGAUGAGUGUUUUAGCUGUGGAGAUGGAGGACAGAUUGUGACCUGUAAAAGGCCAGGCUGUCCAAAGGUUUACCACGCAGAUUGCCUCAAUCUCACCAAGAGACCCGCAGGCCGUUGGGAGUGUCCCUGGCAUCAGUGUGACUUGUGUGGUAAGAAUGCAGCUUCCUUCUGCGAGAUGUGCCCUAGCUCCUUCUGCGUAGAACAUCGGGACGGCAUGCUCUUCAUAUCCAAACUGGAUGGGCGCUUAUCGUGCAGCGAGCAUGACCCCUGUGGCCCUGAGCCCCUGGAGCCUGGUGAGAUCCGGGAUUAUGUUCAAGAAAACACCACGUACCCUAUCAACCUCAUCAGAGUGGCCAACCCUAAAUCCACACCCCUAAACUCUAUGACUGUCCCACAGUCUGUCUCACACCCUGAUGUAGCUCCUCAUGUCGUCUUUGACCCCUCCAGUAGCCCUCCAAUGUUUAACAUCUCUCUAAACUGUCCAUAUUCACCCAUCUCUCCCUAUAAAGAAGAGGAGGAAGAGGAUUUGAUGGAAUUAGAAAACUGUGACGAGUGAGAAGAACUUAACUGAUGGAAAUUUGGAACCAUUGAGGAUAAAAGAGACAACAGAUGAUGGUUUAAUUGAGUGUUGAAAGCUAACUGGCUUGCGGUUUCUUUGAGUUUUCAGACUACGUUGACUCUUGUUGUCUGAUGCUACUAUUAGAUGCCUUGUUCUGAAGUUGUGCACUUUGACUAAUAUGAAGAUGGCACUCAGUACUGAAUCUCUUUCAGUAAUCUUUUGAAGGUGUUAUGAGAUGAAACAAGACUGAAAUUUUGGAUGAUCAUUGAUCUUAACUGUAUUUCCAUGCAGCGCAGGUAAGGGGUAUCUCAAGUCGUAAGUCAUCUUCAUCACCAGUUUAAAAUAGGAUUUAUUUAUUUGCUGACAACUGGCAUUGCACACACACACAUACAAUACUAGUGAAAUACUCUGAACAUCACAAAGAAAACAAAAAUGAAAAGUAGUAUUGUAUUGAAGUUCUUCAGAAAAAAAUUAAUAUAUUAUACAAACACGUUUGUGCUGUACAUUUGCUCGGUGAGCAGAUAUUACACACCUCAAAGGGAUAGUUCACCCAAAAAUGAAAAUUCUCUCAUAAUUUAUUCGCCCUCAUGCCGUCUCAGAUGUGUAUGACUUUCUUUCUUCAGCAGAACACCAAUAUUUUUAGAAGAAUAUUUCAGCUUUG